AUGCUAUUCUGGGACGGAUCAUCAGGUAGUUGGGGGAACCCUGGGCAAAUGCUGAAUCAAUUUGAGAGACCUUCUAGUACCAGAUCCGAAGUUGGUAUUAAGAAUCCUAUUAAAUCCAAAUCUCUUCACCAUCCGCCUCGACUACCAGAAGCCAUAGGCGCAUCAGAAGACCAAUCCACGUCAGCAUCUUGGUGGCAGGCGGGUACAGCGACGCCGUUCCGGGAUACCUCAAGUAAUGGAUUCGCCUCGACCCAUGGCCUCGUGCAGACCCACCCCUCUGGCAGCGACCCCUUCGCCACAUUUGGAUCAAUAGACAGUACAGUUGGGCCUUCCUCCAAUCCCUUCGCGCAGACCAGUGGCAGCGGUCCACUCAGCGGAACUUUCAGAAGCAAUCCGCUACCACCUCUAGCCAGGAGUGUGAAUGGGAAGUUGGGGUUGAAGCAUUUGGACUUCACCAGCAGUGCUACUGCCGAGCUAAGGAGGAACCCAGCGUUGUCAGCGCCAGAUGAAUGUGCCAGGGCGUGCAGAGAAAACGAACCGCCAAGAAUAUGCUACUAUCACUUCACUUUGGAGUUUUACACGGUCCUCGGCGCAGCUUGCCAAGUAUGCACCCCAAACGCAACGAACGUCGUUUGGUCUCACUGCCAGUGCGUUUUAGCUGAUGGAGUAGAAAGAGGUAUUCUAUCAGCUAACAGAAUGUUGCCAGGACCAUCCAUACAAGUGUGUGAGAACGACAAGGUGGUCGUCGAUGUUGAGAACCACAUGGAAGGUAUGGAAGUCACCAUCCACUGGCACGGAAUCUGGCAGCGCGGUUCCCAAUAUUACGACGGAGUACCGUUCGUCACGCAGUGUCCUAUACAACAAGGGAACACGUUUAGGUAUCAAUGGCAAGGUAACGCCGGUACACACUUCUGGCACGCGCACACUGGUCUGCAAAAACUGGACGGUCUUUACGGAAGUAUUGUGGUCCGUCAACCGCCGUCCAAGGAUCCCAACAGCCACUUAUAUGACUACGAUCUGACCACGCACGUCAUGUUACUUAGUGAUUGGCUCCACGAAGACGCGGCUGAAAGGUACCCUGGACGUCUGGCCGUGAACACGGGCCAAGAUCCCGAGAACGUCCUGAUCAAUGGAAAAGGACAGUUCAGAGAUCCAAACACUGGUUUCAUGACGAACACGCCAUUGGAGGUGUUCACGAUAACACCUGGAAGAAGAUAUAGGUUCAGAAUGAUCAACGCUUUUGCAUCAGUUUGUCCAGCCCAGGUCACGUUUGAAGGACACAACCUCACAGUGAUUGCAACGGACGGCGAGCCCGUGCAGCCCGUCCAAGUUAACACUAUUAUUUCGUUCUCUGGUGAACGAUACGACUUUGUCAUCGAAGCCAACAAUAUCCCGGGCGCGUACUGGAUACAAGUACGUGGUCUUGGAGAAUGUGGUAUUAAAAGAGCGCAACAACUAGGAAUCCUUAGAUACGCUAGGGGUCCUUACCAGCCGUCAACUCCUUCACCGACGUACGACGUUGGAAUACCACAAGGAGUGGUUAUGAACCCCCUGGAUGCGAGAUGUAACGUACCCAGGAAUGACGCAAUUUGCGUCAGCCAACUGAAAAACGCCAGGCACAUAGAUCCAGCCAUAUUACAAGAGCGACCGGAUGUAAAGAUUUUCUUGCCUUUCCGUUUCUUUGUGUACAGACCGGAAAUGCUGUUCCAACCGAACACGUAUAACAGAUACUUAGUGGCCCCACAAGGAGACCACGUUAUCAGUUUAAUAGACGAAAUCUCGUACAUGUCCCCACCCGCUCCCCUCAUCAGUCAGUACGACGACAUAAACCCCGACCAGUUCUGUAACGGAGACAAUAGGCCCGCUGACUGCGGCCAAAACUGCAUGUGCACCCACAAAAUAGAUAUCCCACUGAACGCGGUAGUGGAAAUUGUUCUAGUUGAUGAAGUACAAAUCGUGAACUUAUCUCACCCGUUCCACUUGCACGGAUAUGCAUACAAUGUUGUCGGUAUCGGAAGGUCACCGGACCAGAACGUGAAGAAGAUUAACUUGAAGCAUGCGCUCGAUCUCGACAGGAGAGGUCUGCUCGAGCGUCACUUGAAGCAAGGAGAUUUACCACCGGCGAAGGAUACCAUUGCUGUUCCCAACAACGGAUACGUUAUCUUGAGAUUCAGAGCUACGAAUCCAGGCUUCUGGCUGCUGCACUGUCACUUCCUGUUCCACAUAGUUAUAGGCAUGAACGUCGUACUUCAAGUGGGCACUCAAGCGGACUUGCCUCCGGUUCCACCCAACUUCCCCACGUGUGGAGAUCACCUCCCGCCGAUCACAGCCAACUAA